AUCUUCAGCCCGGUUGGUCCGAGCAAAGGGCGCUUGGUACAGACACGAAACGUUUCUGACCCGGGAGUGAAUUGGGAAAUCUCUGGCGAGUCCAGGGGCACAGGACACCCAAAUCGGAGGAACCAUUCAGAACUGGAAGGUGACAGGAAAACAACGUCCACAUUGUCCGAAAUCGGUCUAUGGCAGCUGUGAGGCGUUUGCGGACGUCCAGGUCUGAAGAGGUUGAAGAGAUGGACGGAUGGGUAGACUUUAUACAGAAAGUCAGUGUCCUGCAGUGGGUUCUGACCUUCUUGUUUAUGGGUGCGUUCUUCACCCUACUGACCAUCUACCUGCUAUUUACCUCGCUGUGGCUCCUCCCCACUGCCUACCUGCUAUGGAUGGUGCUGGACUGGAGCACCCCAGAAAGAGGGAGCAGACAGAGUGACUGGGUGCGAAACUGGCCCGUGUGGAGACACUUUAAGAACUACUUCCCCGUGAAGCUGGUGAAGACCACAGAACUGAGCCCCAGUAAGAACUACAUCCUGGGCUCCCAUCCCCAUGGUAUUAUGUGUGUGGGGGCCUUCUGCAGCUUCAGCACUGGAUAUGGCGGAUUCUCCAAAGCCUUCCCAGGCCUGCGGGCUAACCUGGCCAUCUUGGCCGGGCUUUUCCGCCUUCCAAUCUUCCGGGACUACCUGAUGUGUGCAGGCAUGUGCCCCGUGAGCAAGCCCAGCCUAGAGCACCUCCUCACCAGGCGUGGCAAAGGGAAUGCCGUGGUGAUAGUGACAGGGGGUGCUGCUGAGUCACUGGACUCUGCUCCAGGGAUCAAUGUUGUGGUCAUGAAGCAGAGGAAAGGCUUUGUCCGGCUGGCCCUGGAAUACGGGGCUGAUCUGGUGCCAGUGUACUCCUUUGGAGAGACUGAGCUCUUCAAGCAGGUGGUCUUCCCUGAGGGCAGCAUGGCCCGCAGCCUGCAGACGACCUUCAAGAAGCUCAUAGGCUUUGCCCCCUGCCUCUUCAUGGGCCAGAGCUGGGGCCUCGUGCCCUACAGGAGGCCUGUCACCACCGUGGUGGGGGGCCCAAUCCCUGUGCCCAAGCGGCCCUCACCUAAGGAGAUGGUGGACCACUACCACAGCCUCUACAUGGAGGCCCUCACCAAGCUCUUCCACGAACAUAAGGUCAGCUGUGGCCUGUCAGAGUCACAUGACCUCCACAUCAUCUAGCCGUUCGCUGAACGCUGCAGUGGAAAAGGGAGCAACCGUAGCGGAAACGGUGCUCCGGCCCAGCAGAUGGGCACCAGCCAGAUGAGUCCCAACCAGGAGGCACCAGCAAUACAAAACCACAACCAAUAUGGCUGAAAGACUGUUUAGAAAUCUAAUAAAAAUAUUCCUAUUGAUCACA